AUGGAGUUCUCUGUGAUGCAAAACCUGGAAUCUCAACCUUUAUGGCUCCUUCUACUCACUGUCGCUUUUCUUUCUCUUACAAAAACUUCCCUCAAACUUUUGAAUUGGGUGUUCGUUCAUUUCCUCAGACCCGCAAAAGACCUCAAAAAAUACGGGUCAUGGGCAUUGGUUACAGGUCCUACAGAUGGUAUUGGUAAAGCCUUUGCUUUCCAACUAGCUAGCACAGGACUAAAUUUGGUUCUUGUGGGUCGAAACAUUGAUAAACUAAAUGAUGUUUCAUGUUCAAUUCGAGAUAAAUUCAAACAAACCCAAAUCAAGAUUGCCGUUGUUGAUUUUUGUGGUGAUUUAGCUCAUGGAAUUGAGAAGAUUAAGAAAACAAUUGAUGGUUUAGAUGUUGGAGUUUUGAUCAAUAAUGUUGGGGUUUCUUAUCCAUAUGCUAGAUUUUUUCAUGAAGUCGAUGAUAAAUUGCUGUGUGAUGUGAUUAAGGUUAAUGUUGAAGGGACCACAAAGGUUACGCGUGUUGUGUUGUCGGGAAUGAUCAAAAGAAAAAAAGGCGCUAUUGUUAAUAUUGGGUCGGGUGUUGCGGUUGUUAUACCUUCUGAUCCUCUUUAUACACUUUAUGCCGCUACUAAAGCAUACAUCGAUCAAUUUUCAAGAUGUCUAUAUGCCGAAUACAAGAAAAGUGGUAUCGAUGUGCAAUGUCAGGUGCCUUUAUAUGUGGCCACGAAGAUGUCUGCACUUAGAAGGUCAUCCUUCUUUGUUGCAUCAACAGAUAGUUAUGCUCAAGCAGCCAUACGUUGUAUUGGUUACGAACCACAAUGCACACCUUAUUGGCCACACUCACUUUUGUGGGCUCUCGCGAGAUUGCUACCAAAGUAUGUCAUUGAAGCUUGGUGGUUGGGUGUCUGUCUUGCGAUUCGCAAAAGAGGAAAGCUCAAAGACUCAAGGAAGAAGGAUGUAUGGAAUUAA